AUGGAAGGUUGCUCGCUGCAGACCCAAGGGGGUGGAGCAAAGCUCCAGCUCCCCCUCGCGGGACCUAGUGGGCGCGGCUUGAGCUACCCUAGCGCAUGUUCAGUCAAUCGGAAUUUACACAAUUUGCAUCGCACGAUGCAUCAGACAGUACUUCUUCGAGGACAGGAUCCCCUGCUGUCUAUUGAGAGAUGCACAGUGUGCUGCAUAAAAUACCACUGUGCCUACUGUAAACUGGGGUUUAACCAUUUACACGAGCUCCAAAAUCAUGUAACUAAUCACAUGCAAAAUGCAGUUCAACAAGAAGAUUUUACCAUCAUCAAGUGUGGUCUAAACUGCAGACCAUCACCACAUUUUCACUGCUGCUAUUGCACUUCAACAGUAAUCAGACGGGAUGGUAUUAUUAAACAUUUUAAAACCUGUAAAAACACAGCAUCCGGACAGCCGCCAUUGCCAGCAGCACCCCCAGCAUCAGCAGCACCACCUCCAUCCCCAGCAUCAGCAGCACCACCUCCAUCCUCAGCAUCAGCAGCACCACCUCCAUCCCCAGCAGCACCACCUCUAUCCCCAGCAUCAGCAGCACCACCUCCAAAAAGAUUAUGUGUCCGGCAACAAAUCAGGGUGACUUGCACACACUGUGGAAUUCAAAUAAACCAAAGGAACUUGCUGGUUCAUAUUAACAGAAGACACAGGCAAAGGGUAACUGACAUUACAGCAAAACAACACCUGUAAUGUAAAUGCAAUAAAGGCAAAAAUGACAUCUGCAUUCACUCUAUUAACAUGUGUUUGGAGUUUAUACUAACACAAAUGAAUGUCUGUGUUCUUAUGAAAACCAUCUUGUUUUAUCCUCUAUUUAUUUUUAAAUGAACUAGCUACAAAGUUGUACAGUAUUUUUUACAGGUGUGAGGAGUGAUGGAACAAUACUUAUGUGAUUUCAUGAACUGAACUGUGUCAUGCAUUAUUAAAUGUAUAGCAGAUCUGUUUGAGAUCAAACUUUUUUCAGCCAUCUAUGAUUUUCAGUAUUGUAUCCACCUUAUUUUUGAACCCGGAAGUAAACGAUGUGACGUACUUCCUUUUUUGUGUUGAGACUUCCUUAUUAUUAGCCGGUGGAAAACAAUGUAAGUGUGUCGCCGCAGGAGCACACUCAAAACACUUUUAAAACCGCUCUGGUAAACAAAAAAAACACCCGCGAUGUAUUACACAGUGGGAGGAUGAAGUGGCCUGAUAUAUCAUAUAAGGAUUUAUUCAAUUACUUUGUACUUUCUCUCGGAGUUGACGGGUCUUCGCUGCGCAACCAUAAAAGCACAGAUGUACCAGUAAUGUUACAUGCACAGUCAGUCGAAAUUUGUACAUGACCUAGACCACCAAUUCGUGUUUUUAAAAGCAGACGUGAAUACCAGUCAAAGUGGAGCAAACAUUCCUGGAUACUUACAACUAAUAACGGAAGAAUGGAAACGGCUGAUUGAUCUUGGUUCGCAGGUCUCCACCGAGCUGCAGCAUCCAUCACAACUUUCUAAAACAACUCAAAACACACAAAUAACUGUCUGUUUUAUGUCUAUUAAAUAAAGACAACAUUUCAUGUUGUUCAUUCUCUCCCUUGCUUGCUUCAGCUUUAAUCCUCCUAGUAACAUGGCCUGGUAAAGGUUAGCAGUAGCCUACUGUUUAGCGUGCUAACAAAAUGUUAAAUGUGCUGUUGAUAAAAGUGUCUGCCAAAUGAAUGAAAAUGUGUAGUAUCGUGGAGUAUCCUCUAGGUGUCACUAGUGAUUGUUAAUGGGGGGUUAUGAUAUUAUAAGGUUGUUGAAGAAGAUGUGCCAUGUGCGAUGCAUGCAGGUCUUGUCUGUUACUCCUUACUGAAGUAAAAGGUACUUUCAACAUAUCAUGUAGUAGUCUGUUGAUUCCAUGAAAGAUACUACAUUUUUGGCGACGAGGAUAAAGCUGUAAACCUAGGAUUAUAAAGGAUUUACGUCGACUUCAAAGGUAGAAACCAUGGCUACAGGAACUAUUGGCUCACUAGCAACGUUUGAUGUAAAGGUUCAAACAUGGGAGGAGUAUACUGAAAUACUGGAGCAAUUUUUCAUGGCUAAUGAAAUCGACGACGAGGGUAAGCAAAGAGCUAUUCUCAUAAGUGUUGUGGGAGCACAAACUUAGUGUGAUGCGAAAUAUUCUCAGCCCUACGAAACCAAGUGAAAGGUCUUAUCAGCAACUGGUAACGAUGCUAAA